AUGUUCAUGAAUUCCAUAUGGAAAGAAUUAACCGUGGAUGGAUCUUCGCACACCAACAAUUGGGCCGUGCUGGUGUGCGCGUCGAGAUAUUGGUUCAAUUACAGGCACAUGGCCAACGCGCUGGGAAUGUACCGCACUGUGAAACGACUCGGUAUCCCCGAUUCAAAUAUCAUCUUAAUGCUCGCAGACGACGCAGCGUGUAACCCACGGAAUAAGUUCCCAGGUUGCGUCUACGCAAAUCCGGGACGCAAUCUUGACCUAUACGGAGACAAUAUCGAGGUCGACUACCGCGGGAAUGAGGUCACAGUCGAGAAUUUCCUCCGCGUCCUGACGGGUCGCGUGGAGCCCUCAGUACCUCGUUCGAAGCGGUUGUUGACCGAUGACCGCUCGAACGUGUUCAUCUUCAUGACGGGACACGGAGGGAACGAAUUCUUGAAAUUCCAAGACAACGAGGAGAUCAGCGCAUUCGAUAUCGCGGAUGCGGUGGCCCAGAUGUGGGAGAAGAAACGGUACAACGAGCUAUUCUUCAUGAUCGAUACCUGUCAAGCGAACACGAUGUACUCAAAGUUCUACUCUCCCAACGUGCUCGCGACUGGUUCCUCGGUCAUCCAUGAGAACUCUUAUUCGUACGAGAAUGACUAUGACAUCGGCGUAGCAGUCAUCGACAGCUACACGCACUACGUCCUGGAGUUCAUGGAAGGCAUCAACAAGACGAGCCAGACUACCAUGGAGGAUCUCUUUAACACGUACGAUCCGGUCAAGAUUCGUUCACAUCCAGGCGUCCGGUCGGAUCUCUUCGAGCGCGAUUUUCGCGACACGCUUGUUACAGACUUCUUCGGUGGCGUGGCCCAGGUUGAAGUCCUCCCUCCUCUGAACGGAUCGCCAAGACCCCGCGUCUCUUUCGACGAAAUCACGUCUGAAACAGCAGAGUUAGGCGUUCACCAAGAGAAGGAGUCAGGGCUCGUCGCGUCAGUCGGAGACAUCAAUGGGCAUGUCUUUCUGGCCGCGCUAGGAGAGGGACCUCAGUCGGAGGUCGGCCGACCGUUUGUACGGAAGGCGAGGACAUGGACGUCGACACUCGCCGUGCUUGUAAUGGGGUGCUGGGUUGCUACACGGAGGAAAUAG